AUGCGCACUCCCCGGGCGCUGCCGGGCGACUGGCUGCGGGGCGCUGGUAGCGGCCGGCUGGAGGGGGCAGCGGGCGAGCUACGGCUGCUGGCGGUCAGCGGCUUCGCUGCGAGGUCCUCUCCGCUCGGCGUCCACGCGACGACUCAUCUCGCGGGAAGAAAGCCACUGCCUGAGGAGGACGGGCACCGCGGCAGCGGCCGCACUCUGGCAGGCCAGGUGCUGUACCUGUGGGUGGCCGGGCUGUGGCCCCACGGGCGGCCGGCGCUGCACCUGCUGCACGCGGCGCUGGUGCAGCUGGGCGCCGCCGCCUACGUGGCCGUCGGUCUCAUCAGCGUCCACACCGCCAGAGGGGACGUGGACGACGUUUCGCACACGCUGAUGCACACGCGCGAGAUCGUCGCUGGGACAGUCAAGGCGGGGCUCUUCUUCGGCUACAGGCAGUCCUUUUACCGGCUGGUGCGAGAUCUGGAUCUGAUGGUGUCCGAGGACUGGGACCGCCCCGAGCUGGAGUCCGCACGGCGCUGGGCCCGCCGGAUGACUACGUCACUGACUGCCUACAUCUACACCCUCAUCCUGCUGUGGCUGCCGGCGCCGCUGAUGGCCGCUGGCGACCAGAAGCUGCUGCCCGUGGUGCAGAUCCACGGAGUGGACUGGUCGCUGUGGCCCGGCACGUACGCCGCUCUCUACACUCUGCAGUGUGCAGUACUCCUCACUCAGGUCCCCAUCGUCGUCGGCCUGGACUGCUUCUUCGUGGCGGCCAUGCUGCACGUGGGAGCCCUCCUGUAG